AUGUCGCGAUUGGCAGAACAGCUGCUUAGGCGUGUUCUGAUGGUGACUCCAAAGCAUUAUAAUAUUGAGUAUAAAAUUAAUCCAUGGAUGGGAGGAGCGAUCGAUGAAAAUAGAGCAUUCGAACAAUGGAAAUCACUGAAAUCGGCUAUCGAAAAGGAAGGGGUGGAGGUGCUAACGAUGGAUCAAGUAGCCGGCCUUUCGGACCAAGUUUUUGUUUGCCAUUCUGGUCUAAUUCUUAAUAACAGAGUAUAUCUCAGCCGAUUCCGACAUAGAGAAAGAUGUGAUGAAGAGCCGCAUUAUCGGAAAUGGUUCAAAUCGCUGGGUCUCCACGUAUUUGGCGACGACUACCCGGAAUUCUUCGAAGGAGGUUGCGAUGCCGUAUUUUCCGAUAGUAAAACGCUUUGGGCUGGAUAUGGCCCAAGAUCCGAUAGACAGGUAUACGAGAAGCUCAGAGUAUUGGGCGGAUUUGACAUCGUUAUAUGCGAACUAGUUCAUCCCAAUUUCUACCAUUUGGAUACAUGCUUUACGCCAGUCAACCAGACUACCGCCCUUUGGUAUCCGCCAGCGUUUUCCGAGCGAAGUAAAAAAGAGAUAAUGCGACGUCUACCACGUUCCGUUGCCGUGUCUGAAGCGGAAGCGAAUGCCUUCGUCUGUAACUCAAUUGCUAUACGCAAUACGGUAUUGGCACCUAUAGGAGUAACGAAAACCACUCGAGAAGCGUUAGCACUACGCCAGCUGAACGUUACAGAGCUUGAUAUGAGUGAAUUCAUAAAAGGCGGUGGAGCUUGUCAAUCACUUGUUCUUCGCCUAUAG